AUGUCGUUCUUUCAAAUAAAAAUAAUUUAUACAUACUAUGCAGGAAAAAGGACAACUCCGAUCUUUAUCUCCGAAGACGAACUCUUGUCAGAUGAUUUCCAGUCUUUUAAGGAUAGAUUGAUAACAGAAGUACCACACUUGGCCAAAACGUGUUCGCCUUUACAACUCACAGUUUUAGACGAUCAUUUGGAGGUUGAUCUGUCUCCGGAAUAUUUUCCAUUGCAAAUGAGGGAGUUAUUGAACAAAAGGAAGGAAAUAACAUUGCAAGCAUUUACAUUUGAGUCUCCAGGGUCAAGAACGGCAGUGCCAGUGGAGUCACAUCAAUCUUUGCCAAGAACCGAAGUUUGAAGCCGAAGGGCGCUUGAACUCCCUGCUUUAUUUGAUGACAGCGACAGCGAAGGCGAAGACAACGUCCACGAGGACGAGGACUCAGAUACACCAGCUCAAGAAAUCUACUUAUCUCCUGUUGAUAAACUCGUUGAAAAAACUGCAGAGGAAUCAUUUUCAGUAAAGCCUUUCGCUUUGGACAUGAGUCGCCCUGCUUGUUCAAAAUGCCACUUGCAUGCCGGCCACACGAUUUAG